AACUAUGGCCUUCCUGCGAAAAUCGUCCCUAAACUUCAAAAUUAGCAAAACUCGUCCCUCAACUAUACACACAGUUGCACUUUUGGUCUUCCGUUAGCAUUCCGUCAGAAAUCUAACAGAUUGGGACUAGUGACGGAGAUAAUCCGUCACAAUUCACAAUCCAGUCACCAAAUUUCUUCAUCUUCCUCAAUAUAACCACCACUCAUCCUCCCCCUCCUCAUUCCUCACUUUCUCCAUCUUCAUCAACCUCAAUCCCUCAUCCUCCCCUCCCUUCUCCUUUCAUUCCUCUUCACCACUACCUCCCUCAACCAUCAACACAAACUCUCCAUACUGAAAUUGAAUUGGAGCGGAUUGCUGGAGAGAAAGGGGUUUUGGGUUUUUCUUCAACACUCUUUGCAGAUCCCAUUUUCUCAUCUCCUCAUGAAAUUAGAAAUCCAUUUCACAACCCAAAAGAAGGAGUUGCAGACCUCUCCCUCCAUAUCUUCAUCUCAUCUUUCUCACUCGCACCUCUCCCUCCACCGAACCCACACCAGCAAACCACAACCCAGAACCACCUCUCCCUCCACCAACCCCACCCCUCCCCAGAAACCCAACCGGAACCCACCCCAAACCCCACCCAGAAACUGAGCCCACAAACCCCUUCUUCCCUCUCACAAUAGAUCUACCAUAACUGAGAAAGGAAAACCAGAGAAGAAAAUCCAAGACUUUUUUUUUUUCAGAUCUCAAACCAUUGUUACAGAUACAGCUUCAACCUAUCAUAUGGUGUCUCGAGAGGGGGAGCUCGAAGCUUGUAACCCAGAAACCCGACCAAAAACCCAGAAACUUUGAAGCUUUGAACGAGAACCAUGAUCUACAGAAGAGGAGGAGGAAGAGGAAACGGAUUUAAUUUUCUGACGGAAUGCUAACGGAAGACCAAAAGUGCAACUGUGUGUAUAGUUGAGGGACGAGUUUUGCUAAUUUUGAAGUUUAGGGACAAUUUUCGCAGGAAGGCCAUAGUUGGGGGACCAAAAGUGCAAUUAAGCCUUUUAAUAAGGAUAAAAUAUUAAGUAUCCAUUUUAGUUUGUUGGGGCUUGUACGAUUAAAUAAAGGAAAUUAAAUAUUCCGGAUCAUUUAUAGUCAACAAUAUAACAAAGAUCAUGUGAUAGCAGAUGGGGACUUACAACAGCUAUGCAUCUCAACCCUCCCCUCUUGAAAUCCCAGACCAAAGUUACAGUGAUGAUGAAUAUGCCAAUGUUGAUUGGGACAACCUUGGAUUUGGACUGAUGCCAACUGAUUACAUGUACGUUGAUAAAUGCUACGCUGGUAAGAAUUUUGUACGAGGACAACUCACUCGUUAUGGAAACAUUGAACUUAGCCCAUCAGCUGGGGUCCUAAAUUAUGGUCAGGGAUUGUUUGAAGGCACGAAAGCAUGCAGAAGCGAAAAUGGGCGAUUGCUGCUCUUCCGUCCAGAGGAAAAUGCCAUCCGCAUGAAGAUUGGCGCCGAGAGAAUGUGCAUGCAAUCCCCUUCAAUCGAUCAAUUCGUCGAUGCUCUCAAGCAAACUGCACUUGCAAACAAGCGUUGGAUUCCUCCACCGGGUAAAGGAUCAUUGUAUAUGAGGCCUCUCCUCUUAGGAAGUGGUCCAGUUUUGGGUUUGGCUCCUGCACCUGAAUACACUUUCCUUGUAUAUGCUUCCCCUGUUCGUAACUAUUUCAAGGAGGGUUCCGCGCCGCUUAGCUUGUUCGUGGAGGAGGAUUUUGACCGUGCUUCUCGCCGCGGCACCGGGAGUGUUAAAACCAUUUCUAAUUAUGCUCCGGUCUUAAUGGCACAACUUAGAGCCAAGAACAGAGGAUUUUCGGAUGUGCUAUACCUUGAUUCAGAGACCAAGAAAAAUCUGGAGGAGGUCUCUUCUUGUAACAUUUUUAUUGCCAAGGGCAAAUGCAUCUCAACACCUGCUACCAAUGGAACCAUACUUGCCGGAAUCACCAGAAAAAGUGUAAUUGAAAUUGCUGGUGAUCUCGGCUAUCAGGUGGAAGAGCAUGCUGUAAACGUGGAUGAAUUGAUGGAGGCUGAUGAAGUAUUCUGCACAGGAACUGCUGUUGGUGUUGCCCCUGUAGGGAGUAUCACAUACCAGGACAGAAGGGCGGAAUAUAAAACAGGUUCCGGAACCAUUUGUCAAGAGUUGUACAAAACUAUAUCAGGAAUUCAAACGGGUACUAUUGAAGAUAAGAAGGGGUGGAUUGUUGAAAUUGAUUAAUACAGUUGCAUCUUCUGUUUACAUAUCUCCUUGUGAAUCCUCCCGUUUCUUUGAAUUUGUGUAUAUUCACCAUCAUCAUAAAACAACCCAUUCAAAUUUGCUUCAAGUUUUUCUCCAAACCUUUGGAUUGUUUACGAAUUUAAAUCUUCCAAAUCCGAACUGUUGCCUUGCAAGUUUUUCUUUCUUACUUGGUACAUUCACCACCACCUUCCCCAUGGCUAAAUCACCAGCCUUAAACUCAUUUGAUCGUUCUGAUAUGAGAAAAUAGUGAAGUAAUAGGAAACUGUGCUGUUGAACUUCACCUCUACCAAUCUUUGCAAGGAAUAUAAUCCUCCUCUUAAGUAUCUUUCUCCUGUCAGUAAUCACAUUGCCCAAAAGUUGCUUCCUCUGCCGAGGCUUAGUCUCCAUCGUGACACUACAAUUCAUUGUUGCUCUCUGGUUUGAUGGUUUGAUGAUCUCUACCUUAUUGACCGCAACUUCUGUAUACUUCUGUAUUUAUUAUCUCUGUCUCUCCUUGUUACUGCUUCCAAAUUUCAAAAGUAGUUAACUGAAAUAUGUAAGAAAAAUGAAAAAAAAAUUGAAAAGGAUAUAAUGAUUGGCCAUUUCACAGAUUCA